ACUGCACCUCUCCGUCUGCCUGUAAGUACCUCCUGCCUACCUGUAAAAGUAACCUCCUCCUAACCACCCUCUCUCUACUCGAGGUGCCUGAGGUAACCCGUGUUCGUGUGCUGCCGCCUCUUCGAUUUCCUACUCCCGCCGGCCCUUCGUGCCCUUCUUGGCAGAAGCCCGGUCCCUUUUCCCCUUUCCCUUUUCUCUUUUCCCUUUUGCCGCUUUCCUCUCUAUAAAACAACCACAGGGAAAUCCACCCUCUUCCGCCCAUCUGUCCAAAACCUUUCCUCCUCUACCGUCCGUCGCUAUCCUCGUUCUCGGGGCCGCCCCGCAAUAGUCACUCGGGAGGGACCCUCAAAUUCUUCCACCGUCUAUCGCCACACCUAAUUCGACCGCCCACCACCCAAGAUGUGGCACCAGACGAUGCCGCCGUACCAGCGGUAUCCACACCACGGAACCCAGGCUCCCGAUGUCUGCCCAUCUCACGGACGGUGCGCUCCGCACGACUUGGCCUCAUACUACUACGCCCACGGCCUCUGUCCCGGCUGCCUCGGCUACGUACACUCGCCGCCGCUAUCUUACACGCCCCCGAGCCGCCAUAAUACUCAAUAUCCAUACCGCCACUACAACUACUCGCCCUAUCCGCCGCCUGCUUCGACAUCGCACGACCCGCAUUACCACGCCUGGCAGCAGGGGUACCGAGACGGAUACUACGCCCGCUACGGAUACUCGACCUCUCGGCCCGGACCACACGAGCACCAGCAUCAGCCGGAGCCGCCGUCACACGGCAACUACCCUUACCCCCUCAUGGAAGUGUACGCCCCGCAGAGCACGGCGGGGGUGAGCCAGGCCUACCCGCCGCAUGCCCACUACCCCCAGGAUCCCCCUGCUGUCUCAUCCGAAGCCGAUUCGGCCUAUAGGCGAUUCGUCACUAGAGACUCGCCUCCUCCCGAGCCGGCCCCGCCCCCGUCCCCGCCCCCGGCCCUACCUAACUCCCCUCCUUUGCUGACUCCGUUACCAUCUCGCGGAAACACACCACCUGGUAACGAUUGGCACUCGGAGGGAUCUACUACUGCACUUACCCCCGUCGAAGACAGGGAGUGGGAUUAUCCUUCGGCCGCUAGCAACUACGAUUAUCCCCUUUAUCAACCAGACACGGGCGCCGCCGCCGCCGCCGCCGCCACCCUUUCUCGGCCUACCUCCGGACCCACGAGCGAGGGGAGGAGCGUGAGGAACUCCGGAUCGCUAGAGAGCAUUCUGCGCCGAACAAGGCUCGACGACAACGAUAACAACGCUUACAAUGACAUCUAUAAUGGCAACUACGACGAUGCCGAGGUGGGUGACUACUACUUCCUGAGCGACGACGAGGACGACGACGACCCGAUGGUCGUGUUCACGAACGCGGGAGAGCUCCUCCUGGUCGGCGACAAAUGGCAGGUGCCCAGCCAGGAGGCCGCGUUCCGGGAGGCGGCCGAGUCAUCGUCGACGAACAGGAGCGAGGUCCGGUCCGUCCACGAGUCGAUCGACGAGCGCGGGGAACCUACCCUCAUCGACGUCAUCGAGAAAGACUGCGAGGGGGAAGUCUCCAUGUCCGGCGGUCUGUCCGGCGGUCUGCUGUAACGGGGAGGGCGUAGCUGGCAGGCAUCCGAGGUGAACAAGAGAGAGAAAACAAGGGGCGGGGAAGACGGGCUGCCAGUUGCUCGCUUGUUCAGCUACCCACUACCCCCAUCCAUUUACAGCACCAGCAAGCGAGAUGCCGGAACUACGAGAUACGAUUUUAUUUUAUUUUAUUUUUAAACGAGACAACCUCACCUCGUCCAUCUACGAAUUACGACAUAGACGCGACGAAGAGCAAUGUGGGAAGACGGGCUGCUUUACAAUGUAUGAAUGCACUACUUGUCGGCGGAGGAGGAGAGGGAGAGG